CUCCCCACUGGUUGUGACUGUAAUGCAACUGUUCAAUCUGGAGAUAUAUGUGACACAAUAUCCGAAAGACACAACAUCUCUACAUACUUGGCAGCAGUCAACAGUGAAACAAUUGAUCCUGGUUGUGAUAAUUUGUUUAUUGGUCAAGUUUUAUGCCUUGGAAUCAGCGACCAGGAUUGCAAUGUUACCCACAUUAUGCAGACC